CAUUUUGGUGCUUGUGUAUAGCUGUCCCAAUGGGAAUGGGAGGUUGGCUGUAGUUGCUCUCAUCCAGGAAUGCAGAUUCUUGUGAGCAGUCCAACAGCAAGCAAAGAUGACGUGUGUGCUUGGGUAUCCUAGGCAUUUGUGACAGCGAACUUGCAGUUUCUGUUUGUUUUGUUUGUUCUAAUGGGCUCGCAGCUACGAGUAAUUCAAAAGUCAGAAAUGCUGGAGCUCAAAAAAGUUCCCGCAGUGCGGGGGGGCAGCUGAUUGAGAAAUUUGGAAAACCCCUCCUUAACUGUUCCAGAGAGUCUAAGGAGGAGACCACCUAAGUUCAGGGAUUCAUGGAGCCAAUCAGAGUGACUUUUCUUGGCCCUGCAGCGUCCUUUUCCCAUCAGGCUGCCGUUGAGUGUUUUGGAUCUUCUGCUGAGUUGUCACCCCGCCUAUCGUUCGCGGAUGCUUUCGCCGCAGUUCAGCAGGGCGAAGCAGACUAUGCCAUCAUUCCUGUCGAGAAUUCGACCAAUGGAUCAGUUGUCCAGAAUCUUGAUCUUUUAGCAGAUCGAUAUGGGCUCUACGAAGAUGUGAAUGUAUGCGGAGAGCAUUAUUUGACAGUUCACCACUGCCUGCUGGCUCGAAAGGGCCUGUCGCAACCGGAUAUAAGGUCAAUAACAAAGCUCUAUACACACCCCCAGGCAUGGGGUCAAUGUGAGAAUUUCCUGGCGAAAUUCUUAAAAGGCAUCGAAAGGCAGGACGUUUCUUCGACCUCAAAAGCUGCUGAGAUGGUCUCACUUGAGACACAAGAACACAGUGGUGCCAUAGCUAGCCGAUUCGCUGCUGACUACCACGGCCUAGAUGUACUCUCGGAAAAUAUCGAGGACAAGGCCGACAAUACAACGCGAUUCCUCGUUCUGAGGAACACAAAGUCAGAACGUACAGCCCGGCUUCCAUUUGACGCUGUGAAGACGCCCUCAGUCGCAUUAAAACCCCGGCUCACACCGUCUGCGGAAAAGACUCUGAUCUCGUUCAGAAUCCGUCAAGAUUUUCCAGGGGCAUUGGCAGACGCUCUGUUGAUAUUCAAGGAAUUUGGUAUGAAUCUCACCAGCAUCAACACGCGACCGAGUCAGAGGAGGGCUUGGCAAUAUGUAUUCUUUGUCGAAUGCCAACAAUUCCCUACGGACCAGAAUAGCCACGGGGUUACUAAAAUUCUGGAUAAGAUGCAGCAGGUUACUGAGGGCUGCAGGCAUCUUGGCACUUGGAAAGACCAGCUUUCAACUAGCAGCGUUUGA